AUGUCACCGUCUCAUCUUCUCACCGCUGUUCAUCUCAUCCUCAUUGUCGCCGCGUCCUUUGUUCUCACCGCCUCUACUGCUCCACUCGACUCUGCGGGCUCAUCAGCUCCUCACGUCAUCACAUGGUUUGCUUGCUUCUCCUCUCUCCAUAACAUCUACUAUCUUCUCCGGCAACUUCGCCUUGGUUUCUCGAACGUUUACUCCAGAUCCGUUAACUACGACUAUCCUCAAGCAUUUAGGAUGAAGCCUUCCGCCGGAGUCCCGCACCUGCUGCAAGAAACUCUCCCCUUCGUAAAGCUCGUGGUCAGAGCCUCGAAUGGGAUCGACGAAACCAGGUCCUCAAGUGACAUCCUCGGCUUGCUUCCAACUAGUUUCGUCGACGUCUCCGACGAGUUCCGUGCCUUGCCGCGUCCAUCUCGUGUUGCUCUCUGCUCAGCCGUCGACAGUUACUCCGAUGAGAAUGGGAUCCGAGUCACCUCUCCUAUAACUCCCCUUUACACGGUUGCUAUAUCCCCUCGCGAUUUCCGCCAUUCCGAGACUUACGCUGGAAAGUGUUGUCGUUUACAGAUAUCACACGGGCCUGGGCUUAUGCAUCUAGAAUGGGCCUGA